GGCAUAAGAAUAUGGUUGUACAAUUGAUAUCAAAAUUUUCUGCCGAUUUACGAACAAACGUAUACAUAAUAUAUCCGCCAUCAUCGGCAAUUUGACAAUAUUACCUUACUUGAAAUAUGUAGUCAUCGCGGCCCUACCCCCGCCGCCCCCCUCCCCCCGCCCCCCUUUCUUUCUUUCCUUCUCUUCUCGACAUUCUUGCACCUGUUCGUCGCGAAUCUCGCUGCGCCUGUAGCCGGCCCCCCCAGCCCUGCAUCAUUCUCUGGUCAGUUCGAGCAGUGGGCGAUCAGAAGAACCCCAAUACUCUUCUUAAGAGGCUCAGUUAGCGAUUUCCCACUUUCAUAUCGAAGUGAAAGGGGAUGAGCAAGAGGAAGAGGCCCGUCUCAACCGGGCCUUCUCAGGAUCUGUCAGAGCACGAGAAGACCGUGUAUGAUCUUAUCAGGAGCAAGAGAGACAUGGGCAUCCGAUCCGUGGACCUGAGACGGGAUACAAAGCUUUUCCCAAACCCAAACGUCGUCGAUAAAGCCCUCAAGGCUCUGCUUGCCAAGAACCUGAUCAAACAGGUGAAGACUGUCCAGUACAGGGGGAGUAAGCACUAUAUGGCGACGGAGUUCGAGCCUUCUGCCGAGGUCACCGGUGGGGCGUGGUACAACGAAGGUGUCCUUGACACUGCCUUCAUAGACCUUCUCAAGGAACGCUGCCUGAUCCACAUUUCGAGCCUAAAGGUCGCAACCGUGGACAUGAUCUCUGAUGCCAUCAAGAGGUCGAAAAUCUUCCAUGCUGAGUGCUCGAGUCAGCAGAUCGGGGAGAUCUUGAGGACUUUGGUCCUGGACAAUGAGAUACUCGAGGUGAAGAGCACGGGACUGGGGGAGUUCACCUGCAUUCCUAUCGGUAGAGUCUGUUUUAAACUAGCCAGGAAACCUGGGAGCGCAAAGGAACCAAAAGCUUAUGCCAUGGCUUCAAUUCCGUGCGGAGUUUGCCCACGCAUCGAGUAUUGUUCGCCUGACGGCAUUAUCAAGCCAUCAACGUGCGAGUACUAUAACAAAUUUUUGGAUUUCUAAGAUAACAGCAAAAUUCUUCUGGGGUAGAUAGUAUGGAGUUAGGAAUUUGUCUCUCUUUCAGCAGAAUACUAUCAAUGAAGCAUAUUCUUUGCUUUGAAA